AUGAUGGUUCCGAAUGCAUCCAAGAAGAGGCCUUCAUUUGCCAACGGUCCGAGAAUAUUAGUGGCUCUGAAUGUAUCGGGGAUCAUGUCUGUCACUUAUGGCGGCAGGGAACAUGUUGCUGCGGAUAACACGGACGAGGUGAGUGAGCGCAACGCCACCGGACACAAAUCUCUCGUUUUAGAAAAUGGCGUUGCGGGCAGUGGAUUUGUUGCUGAGGGUGAUGCGGACGGAUUGACUCAACGCAAUGCCUCUGGACACGAAAACCCCUAUUACGAGAAUUCACCGCGCAGUAUUCCGGGAGCGGUGUGUGUCCCGACGACUGCGUUGCCCUGCUGUACGACGCGAAAUUGA